ACAGGAAGUGACGUAACUCCUAAGAUGGCGGCCGCCAGGUCCCUGAGCUGGGGUCUGAGGCGAGCCGGAACUUGGCUAUUCCCGUCGCCUGCACGCUGUCCCCGCCGGGCUCUACACAAGCAGGUAGACGGCACUGAGUUCCAGAGCAGCUACAGCCUGAACAAACUCUACCCCGACUCCAAGGGUUCGGACACCGCCUGGAGGGUCCCGGAUGACUUGAAACAAGCCAUCAAUGACAUCCCUCUAGACCGCCUGACCAUAUCUUACUGUCGGAGCAGCGGGCCCGGGGGGCAGAACGUUAACAAAGUGAAUUCCAAGGCGGAGGUCAGGUUCCACUUGGCAACUGCCGACUGGAUGGCUGAGCCUGUGCGGCAGAAGAUCGCUGUCAAGCAUAAAAAUAAGAUCAACCGGGCGGGAGAGUUGAUCCUCACCUCUGAAAGCAGCCGCUUCCAGUUCCGCAAUCUGGCAGAUUGCCUACAGAAAAUUCGAGACAUGAUUGCCGAGGCCAGCCAGACACCCAAGGAGCCAUCCAGAGAAGAUGCCGGAAUCCAGAGAAUUAGGAUAGAACACAUGAAUCGGGAAAGGCUGAGACAGAAGAGAAUCAAGUCUGCCAUAAAGACAAGCAGGAGGGUGGAUGUGGACUGAAAUCGCCCGCAGCAGCAUGAGAAGACCCAUCUGUCUGUGGCUAAGGAUUGCACACUGGCUCCAUACAAGAACGGCGGGGUGUCCCUAGGCCAUGAUGUCAGGUGUUCUUCCCACCCCACCCCAC